GUUACAGCACACCGUUUUCUAUUGAUUGUCCAUCUCUCAAACUGUUUGGUGAAUUUAAUCUGUGAUAACUGGGACAUGACUGAUAUGCCAACAUGGUAUAUCCAAAAUCACAAUCACAUGGUUCAUAAAAUCACAUAGUUUUUUUGGAAUAGGCUUUCACAUUAAUUUAUCUUAGCUUUUUUUUAAUGGAUGUUUCUAAUUACCGGUUCUCUGGAUGUGUUUUGCUAUAGUAUAAUGUCUACUAAAAAUGUCUUGCUUAUUAGUAAAAGAACCAUACUUUUCUAACUAUAUUCUAUAUCCAAUAAAUUAAUCCAUUGUCUAAGUUACUUAUCCUGUUCAGGGUUGCACAUAUUCUACAACUAACAUUUUUUAGUAAUUUUCUCUAUUGACUCUUAAAACACUUUUUCCAUUUUACCAUUGCUUUUCUUUUCAACAUUUGCAAUAACACAUCCUCAAAAGACAAAUGAGCAAAUUAAUUCUUGUGUCGCAUUACUGGGCCAAUGGAGAACUCAACACAGAUUGUGUCAUUUGUGUUUUCUAUGUAUGGUAACAUGGGACACUUAAAGUACCUUUAUUUCAUCCUGGCAAUGCUAUUUUACAUAUCAGUUAUUUUUGCCAACACUGUUCUUAUUGCCAUCAUUUUUGUGGACAGAAAUCUGCAUGAGCCCAUGUAUCUAUUCCUGUGUAGUUUGUUUGUUAAUGAAAUAUAUGGCAGCACGUCUUUGUUGCCCUGCUUGAUGGCACAAAUCUUGUCAGAGACUCAUGAAAUUUCUGCCUUUUACUGCUUCCUUCAAAUAUUUAACAUUCAUACAUAUGUAGCUAUUGAAUUUGGAACUUUGACAAUAAUGGCAUAUGACAGAUAUAUAUGUAUUUGUAAGCCUUUACAUUACAAUGCCAUAAUAACCAAAAGAAUAGUACAAAAGGUUAUUCUUGUUAUUUGGAUUGUUUCUUUUGUAGAGGUUGGAGUUUUACUGUCAUUCACUAUUCGUUUAAAGCGUUGUGGGACUGUUAUCAACAAAGUUUUUUGUGCACACCACCUUGUAGUUGAACUUUCUUGUUCAUCAGACAGAACAGUGUCACUUAUUCAUGAUCUGGUGUUUGGCCUUAUUUUCACUGUUGCUGCUCCUGUCAGUUAUAUUUCAUUCACUUAUGUAAAGAUUUUUGCUGUGUGUUUAAAAGCUUCCAAAGAGACCAAAACAAAGGCUUAUGAAACCUGCACUCCACAUUUAGUUUCACUCAUUAGCUUUGUCUUUGCCUGUUUUUAUAGUUUGAUCUCUCAGAGAUUUAACAUGUUCUCUGUUCCAUAUCCACUGUGUGUUAUUUUGUCCAUGUAUGUAGUGAUCAUUCAGCCUCUUCAAAAUCCAAUCAUGUAUGGUCUUAAACUGUCAAAAAUUAGACAUGCUUGUAAAAAUUUGUUGACAUUAAAAACAUCUCAACUCUACAUUUUCAUCGAGAGUAUUUAUAUAAGUUCACUAUUAAUGAAAAGUGCAGGAUGUUCUUUUGACAAUAAAAUGUUAUUGCUUUAAAUGCAAAACUUGAAUCUUCUGGGGUUGCUGGCCUGUAAGCGGUUUGUUAUUUCACUAAGAGCAAGAACUGUUUUGUGUUUGCAAUGUUCUAAAUGCAAUAAUUAAUUAAUUAAUAGAAUUACAUUGAUUGAGAACUGAU